UCAAGAACCCUACUUUUCAUUAGCUUGGAGCUCGUCGCUCCGACCGGUUCGGUUUCUCUCUUACGCGAUCGACUAGAAUAUAUAUCCGAUAUAUAUAAUAUAUUACAAGCGGCAGACAACAACACGAGCGAGCUUAGGAUCUGUGCGCGUGCGCAACGGCCCACGCGAGAUACUUCUUAGGCUGCUGCGCGGCUUUGAUCGUCCAACUGAAAUUCGUUUCGUUUUUUAUGCAAAUUGGCAAAUGGAGAAGAAAUACGGAUCGGGUUUCGUCACAGUGUGAAAGUAAAAAAAAAAAAGGUUCUUUGUGCAGAAAAAGAAAUUUCCCCAAUACGCCCGAUAUUACGAAAUACUUACGUUUUGAGCCACAAAGUGAAAGAGAUAAGAAUACAAAGUGUUUGGGGAGCAAAUAGAAAAGAGUUUUGCUUUUUGUGUGUGCGUGUUAAUUGAUUUGAAACCAUUACCAAAAAAAAAAAAAAAUAAUAACAGCAGAAGCGGGGAAGUGUGAAUUUGUAUUUGUCGAAUUUAACGGCAAAUUGUGGAUCUCUGUUGGAUUUCUUCUUCUUUUCGGCCGCUUUUGGAGCCAUAGCAGGACUUGAAAGUCAUCUGGAGGACACCAGCAGCUCAGCUUCAGGACGACUUUUGGCAAAGUAAAAGCUGAAAAAGGACGAAAAGAAAUAGAAAAAUCCAUUCGCACACUGUGGCCAGGAAGGUAAAACGAAAUCGAACCGAAUGCAGUAUCUCAACUACGCGCUGCAGACAUCCACGCGACUGCUGACUAACCAGGGCCACCACCAGAACCACAACAACCAGGACCUGUAUCCUGCCGGACGGCCUGCCACCGCCCACGAGGAGGAGAUCGCCCACGCCUGCUGCAGCCGCGGCGCCCAGCUGCUGAGACUGCGCCAACGGGAGCUGGAAAAGCGGCGUGCUCUCGAGGAUCAGAUCAACGCCAAUCAGCAGAACGAGGAGCAGGAGCAGGAGGAAGAGGAGGAGACGGAGCACAGCCAGGAGCAAGAGCAGGAUCCAGAGUCGGAUCAGGGUGCCGUGGGCGGGGAGCAUCUGCCGCAGCAGCCAGUCCAAUGA